AUGAGAUUGGAAAUACGACGAUAUUACGGAAUACUCUCAGCUGGUUUAAUAACUGGAAAGAUUCAAUUCCAACACGAAUUCAAUAGCGAAGCUGUUCACGUUGAUAACCUGUUAGAGCCUUCACGAUAUAUCAAAACAAAUGAAUUUAGAUUGAAAAUUGGUAAACUUCAUGAUACUUCCAUUGAAGAACCUUCAUCUAUUUCAAAUACUGUAACUCUUAACAAAUUUUCCUUUCGUGGAGAAGAAAUCAUCGUGUCAAUUGACUAUGAGAAUCCGAAAAGUCGAUUGAAAUCAAAUUUACGUUGCAAAAUUACUGACGAGACAAAGCAUCCACCUUAUAUUUAUACUAUUCCGAUAAGACAUGAAGAAGAAUAUCAAGGAGAAGCUGGAAUCGCUGGUUUGGUGAGGAAAAUUUAUUUGUUGAUCUUCGGAAUCUCAAAUUGA